UCAUUACUUAACGGGACCGUCACAAAGCCGUCACGGCCCAUCCCACACCCAUUCACGGCACACCCGUUCCGUUAAACAACCUCGUCCUCUCUCUCUCUCUCACUCCGCCCCAACGUUCCAACCCGCCUUCUCUAACGUCGUCGUUCCGCCAAACCCCGCUAACCCUAACGUCCUUCCCUCUAAUGGCUUCCUGUGACGACGACUUCUCCAUCCUCGGUGACGAGUCAAACACUACCCACCACAGCCACCUCCCCCACGCGCCCGCCUCCCACCAGCUCCACCAGCCAUACGCGCCUCCUCACCGCUUCGCUACGCGAACGACCCCGGUCCACGCGCCACCUGCGCAGCCCAUACUCAGCGAUAAGGUCAACGCCGGAGAAGACCAGGCCGAGGCCGGAGACGACUACGACGAUGCAUCCGCAGCCGCGUUCUGCUCGAAUCCGUUCGAGAGCGGGACCGAUCAGAAUGACGUCGUUGCUGGCGCCAGCGAGAAGAGGAAGGGCCACUCAGAUGAGCUCAGCGAUGGCGGCGGAGGAGGAUCAGGAUCAGCUCCGUACAGUUACAAGAGAUCGAAACCCUCCUCGGCGGCUGCGAUCGGGGAGUACAGGAAGGACCGAGAGGAGUGGAGCGACUCGGCGAUCUCGUGCCUUCUCGACGCGUACACGGACAAGUUCACUCAGCUGAAUCGGGGAAAUCUGAGGGGCAGAGAUUGGGAGGAGGUGGCGGCGAUUGUGAGCGAGAGGUGCGAUAGGCAGAGGGAGAGCGUAGAUCAGUGCAAGAACAAAGUCGACAACUUGAAGAAGAGGUACAAGCUUGAGAGGCAGAGGAUGAACAACGGUGGCGUUUCGGCGAGUCACUGGCCUUGGUUCAAGAAGAUGGAGAAUAUCGUCGGCAAUUCAUUGCCUGGAAAGGCCGUCUCCGACGAGGAUAAAGGCGUUUCUUCUCCCGGUACCACGCCGCGGCAAUCGAAGAGCAGAAAUGCAAUGGCCAUAAUAAGUCCUGUAAGUCAGAUGAACAAGGUCAAAUCAGCUCUGAGUAUCAAAUGGCGGAGAGUGGUCUUCAAAAUCAGUGGUGCUGCUCUUGCUGGCGCUGCUCCAAACAAUGUUGACUCAAAGUUGGCAAUGCUGAUUGCAAGAGAAGUUGCAUUGGCUUGUCACAAUGGGGUGGAGGUGGCCAUUGUUGUUGGAGGUCGCAACUUUUUUUGUGGAGAUGCAUGGGUGACUGCAACAGGGUUAGAUAGAAGUACUGCAUACCAGAUUGGAAUGAUGGCCACUGUAAUGAAUUCUGUAUUGCUCCAGUCAGCACUGGAGAAGAUGGGAGUCCAGACUCGUGUUCAAACUGCAUUUUCGAUGCAGGAGGUUGCUGAACCAUACAGUAGGCAGCGGGCCAUCCGCCAUCUUGAAAAAGGCAGAGUUGUAAUUUUUGCUGGAAUUGGCGCUGGCACUGGAAAUCCUCUCUUUUCCACUGACACAGCAGCAGCACUUCGAGCUUUGGAGAUUCAAGCAGAGGCAGUACUCAAGGGUACCAAUGUAGAUGGUGUCUAUGACUGCAACUCUCAAGACAAUAAUUUUACAUUCGAGCACAUUUCUUUUAGGGAUGUGGUCACCAGAGGGGCCACCUCAAUGGACUCGAUGGCACUGACCUUCUGUGAAGAAAACAGGAUUCCCGUUGUGGUCUUUAAUCUUUUAGAGCCUGGAAAUAUUUCGAAAGCACUAUGCGGAGAACAAGUUGGUACCCUGAUAGAUCAAGCUGGAAGGAUUAGCUAAUAUUUAUGAAACUCUUAGCUGUUGUAUUACUAGGUCUGGCAACCUCAAGUAGCUGUCAAGUUAUCUUCAACAGACCCCUUAUGGAGAUGUUGGUGGGUUCUACAGCUGCUGGCUACUCGUUGAGACUUGGCUGCAAAUCCUAUAAUUUGCCACCUGAUACCUUAAGGUAGAGUAAAGAUUCUAACUUUUAUGACGCUAGUGGUUGGUGAUUCAUAGAAUUAACUAUAUUUUUUAAGUUCUGCAUCCUAAGGUGGUGCCGGUGUCGUUCGUAUCGUCUUGUAAAUGGUAUCUACUUGGAGAAAGAUUGUUAAUGUAGAUGACAACAACAAUUUAACUGUUCAGUUUGUAUUGAUAGAGGUGUGAAUAGCAAAGUAUGGUUCAAAGUCAUGACAUUUCUAUGUGGAAAUAUUUAUCUUUUAGAUGCAA